AUGGUGUUCCAACUUGUCACCGUCCUCGCUGCUCUAUCAGCUGUCACUCCUUUGGUCUCUGCUUUCGAUCCUCAAUCGAAGUCGAAUGUUGCUGUCUACUAUGGCCAAGGAACCGAUCAGCAACGUCUGAGCCAUUUCUGCGAAGAUACCUCCUUGGAUAUCAUCAACCUUGGUUUCGUCAAUAUCUUUCCUGACCAAGGCGUUGCCGGUUGGCCAGGAAGCAAUUUCGGCAAUCAGUGCGAUGGUACCUACUACACGGUUGGCAACCUAACAACGGAGCUGCUCAAAGGUUGCCACCAGCUAGUGGAAGACAUUCCUAUCUGCCAGGCUGCGGGCAAGAAAGUGUUCCUGUCUCUGGGUGGUGCUUAUCCCGCCACUCAGCAAAUCUUAUCGGAGGACUCUGCCAAUAAUUUUGCCGACUUCCUAUGGGGUGCCUUUGGUCCCAAGACCGACGAUUGGGUGUCCAACAAUGGUCCUCGCCCUUUUGGUGAUGUUGUCGUGGAUGGUUUCGACUUUGACAUUGAGCAUAAUGGCAAUUACGGUUACGCAACAAUGGUCAACCGACUGAGAUAUCACUACUCCUUACAGCAAGGUCGUACCUUCUACAUUUCGGGUGCGCCUCAAUGCUCGAUACCUGACCUGCAACUUGACAACGCGAUUGCCAACUCCCACUUCGACUUCAUUUGGGUGCAGUUCUAUAACACUCAAGGCUGCUCCGCCCGUGACUAUGUCGAAGGCACGGUAGAUGGUUUCAACUUUGACAAAUGGGUGGAUGUCAUCAAAGCAGGAGGUAACCCGGACGCUAAGCUCUAUGUCGGAUUGCCUGCCAGCUCGAGUGCCGCCGCCAGCCCUGAUUAUUACAUCACCCCCGUGGAGGCCUAUUUGCUGGUUGCCGAGUAUAUGGCGCGCUUUCCCGAUACGUUUGGUGGAAUCAUGGUUUGGGAAGCGACGUAUUCGGACGAGAAUAAAUUCGGCGACGAAUCUUUCGCCGACGUGAUGAAGCAAAUUCUCGUGGCUCUCGACCCUGCUCCUCCUCAGACAAGCACUUCUGCGAUCUCAAGCCCUCCUGCGGUGUCUACUCCUUCUGUGGUGUCUAGUGCCCCCGUGGUUUCUAACUCUGUUGGCUCGGGAUCUUCUGCCCCGUCGAGCAUUACUUCCGUUGUUUCGAGCUCAUCUGCCGUGUCCAGCAGCCAUGUGGUGUCCAGUGCUUCUGUGAUAACAAGCAGCUCUGUUGUUGCUAGCAUAGGCGUGAGCACUCCUGUGGUGUCGGUCAGUUCUGUGGUGCCUAGCUCUUCCGUGGUCUCUGCUCCACCUACAGUAUCAGGUUCUUCCGGUUCAGCCAGCUCCCCUGUGGUGCCCAACACUCCCUUGGCACCUAGCUCUUCUGUGGCUACCAGCUUCCCUGUGGUCUCCAGCUCCCCGAUCACCUCUAUGACACCCGUUAUUACCACCAAGUCUGUGCUCUCUAGCUCGCCCGUGAUUCUUAGCUCCUCUGUUGUUCUAAGCUCGUCUCCGGCUUCUAGCCCUCUUAUUGUGACAGGCCGUCCUGUCAUUUCCACCCUGCCUGACGCUUCCACGGCGAGCUCAAGCACUUUGACGGUUUCAAGUCAGCCUGACCAUGGAAGCACGGCUUCUUUGUCGAGCACAACUCACGCUGUCAGUAGUUUGUCAGACCAGGCAGGCAAGCCAACAACAGUGCCUAUUAGUGCUACAUCCACCGAUAGUGCUGCUUUUACUGUCAUUACCCCGGGUAUCACAUCUGGCCCUGUGGCCACUUCUGUAUCGCCCGCCGGAUCUGCGCUGGAACCAGCAACCACGACCACAAUCAUUGUGACCUCGUACAUUGAUAUCUGUCCCGAGGGUUUCACGACCAUCACUACAACUUACACGACCACCUACUGUCCUGUCACGGCUGCUGCCGCUGCAGCUGCCACUGCUACUGCCCCCGCCACAAUCCCUGGCGCUUCUACCACGACUGCUGAAAUUCCCGAGGGAUGGACUACGACGGUCACGGUCUGCACACACUGUGCUGCAACACCGACUACAGUUACUCUGACUCGGCCAGCUAUCACCUCUUCAUCGGAGCCGACAUCACCGACUGCGGUCUCAGGCCCCCUGUCUGGCUGGACAACCACGGUUUCUGUCUGUACCGAGUGUGGGCCGACGCCGACUACGGUGACCGUCACGGUGCCUGUAAGCACUGUGGCAGCGGCGACAGGCAUUCACCCUGGCAAUCCUGCAGGUGUCGAUGCUGUCCAUGGAGGGUCAACAGGGCUCGGUACAUCUUCGACCUCGGUGAAUGUAAUCCCUCACUUCACAUCCACUGCUCUUGUAUCCCCGAGUCAGGCACCUCUCAGCCAACCUGGAACCGCGGGAGCCGGAGAUGUUCGCCCUUCGUCGACACUUCUCAUUCAGCCCUCUACGAGUGGCCUCCCAGGAUCGGUGGUACCUAGCAGUACACAAGGAAGUGUGUCGCCAGUAUUCACUGGUGCAGCUCCUCGACUGGCUGCCUUCAAGCAUGGGGCUGGGGCUCUCGGCACCAUUGCCUUCCUUCUGCUGACUACCUUGUAA